UUCAUAAUUUUGAGCGACGAUAGGCCUACGUACUUCAUUCAUUCGGUGGGACUUUUAUUUUGAAGUUCACAUUCCACUUCCGCUUUCUGAGUGUCACACACACAAGUGUCAGCCAGCAGGUGAACGCGGUCACAUAACUCUAAAGGACAGAUCCAAAGCGACACUGCUGUGUCAAACCAGCUCAACAGCCCACCAUGUUCCGCACUAGGGAUAAAAAAACGCCAGAACCGUUCCAGGAUGUUUCGCAAGGUUUGAAGAAACUUUACCGGACUAAACUCUUUCCCCUGGAGGACAGCUACCAAUUCCACGACUUCCAUUCACCGGCGCUCGAGGAUGCGGACUUCGACAACAAACCCAUGGUUCUUUUGGUCGGUCAGUACUCGACCGGGAAAACUACAUUUAUUCGGCACCUGAUGGAGCAAGACUUCCCCGGUAUGAGGAUCGGGCCCGAGCCGACAACAGACUCUUUCAUAGCUGUGAUGCACGGUGACCAGGACGGGAUGAUACCUGGCAACGCCUUGGUUGUCGACCCCAAAAAACCCUUCCGCAAACUCAACGCAUUUGGUAACGCGUUCCUCAACAGAUUUACGUGUGCUCAGAUGUCCAACCCGGUCCUGGAGAGCAUCAGUAUCAUCGAUACCCCUGGAAUCCUGUCGGGAGAGAAACAGAGGAUAAGCAGAGGGUAUGACUUUGCAGCAGUACUGGAGUGGUUUGCGGAGCGUGUGGACCGCAUCAUCCUCCUGUUUGACGCCCACAAGCUGGACAUCUCAGACGAGUUCUCUGAGGUGAUCCGCGCCCUGAAGAACCACGAGGACAAGAUGCGCGUGGUGCUGAACAAGGCUGACCAGAUCAACACGCAGCAGCUGAUGAGGGUCUACGGUGCCCUCAUGUGGUCGCUGGGGAAGAUCAUCAACACCCCCGAGGUGGUGAGGGUGUACAUCGGGUCGUUCUGGGCCCAGCCUCUCCUGAUCCCUGACAACAGGAAGCUGUUUGAGGCUGAGGAACAGGACUUGUUCCAGGACAUCCAGGGGCUUCCCCGGAAUGCAGCGAUACGGAAACUCAAUGACCUCAUCAAGAGGGCACGGCUGGCUAAGGUCCAUGCCUACAUCAUCAGCUCUCUGAAGAAGGAGAUGCCCAGUGUGUUUGGGAAGGAGAACAAGAAGAAGGAGCUGAUCGCCAACCUGGGAGAGACGUACCUGAAGAUAGAGAGGGAACAUCAGAUCUCCCCUGGAGACUUCCCUAAACUCAAGAAGAUGCAGGAGCUCCUGGCUGGCCACGACUUCUCUAAGUUCUCUACCAUGAAGCCCAAGCUGCUAGAGGCUGUGGAGGACAUGUUGGCCAAUGACAUCGCCCGCCUCAUGACCCUGGUCCGCCAGGAGGAAGCCGCCAUGCCCAGCCAGGCUGUCCACGGAGGCGCCUUCGAGGGCACCAUGUCCGGCCCCUUCGGCCACGGCUACGGAGAGGGAGCCGGGGAAGGCAUCGACGAGCUGGAGUGGGUGGUGGGCAGGGACAAACCCUCAUACGAUGAGAUUUUCUACACACUGUCGCCGAUCAAUGGUAAAGUGUCAGGCGCGGCAGCCAAGAAGGAGAUGGUGAAGUCCAAGCUGCCCAACACGGUCCUGGGCAAGAUCUGGAAGCUGGCUGACGUGGAUAAGGAUGGUUACCUGGACGACGAGGAGUUUGCGUUGGCCAAUCACCUGAUCAAGGUGAAGCUGGAGGGGCAUGAGCUGCCGGGGAAGCUUCCGGAACACCUAGUGCCACCUUCUAAACGCCACCAGGAGAUUGAUAUGGGAGAGUGAUAUGGGACUGGGAGGAAGGGGGGAAACCACAAUCUAAUGAGCCAGGGACAGACUGGGGAGGGCUGGGUUAAGGAGGGGUUGUUUUGAGGCAUGGGGGAAAAUGUUUCUGAAGAUUAGCUGAGGGAUGGUUGGGCGGGUGGAGAGUUGGUACUUAUGAAUGGACAUUAACGGAACGAAAUGGGUUGAUUGCUGCAUGAGGGAAUGGGAUGGGGAAACUUGCUAAAUAAAUGUUUUGCAAAUAUAUCAGAUUCAAAAAAUAUACUGUCCAUAUGUUGAUCCAAAGAGACAUAAUUAACAUCCUUUUUGAAGAAAAAACAAUUCUAAAUUAGAAUAUUUUAUCUAUAUUUUUGUAUUUCCCGUCUGUUUACUAUGGGAUGCAUUCAAAUGCUUCCAUUUGAUUAUUUUCUCAGAUGAAUUAAAAGGAAAUAUUUAUC